AUGUCUUCUUCAAAUGAUCGUGUACCAGAUGAGGAACUGAGACCUACAGAAACAAAAGGGUACAAAGUAGGCGAAAAGAAAUCGGUUGCCGAAUAUAGUCAAUUAGAUGCAAACGAUGAAAGCUUGAAUCGUUGGAAAGCAAGUUUAGGAAUCACAGGUGAAGGAGGUUCAGCAGGUGAUCCUUCAAAACCAAAACUUUCACUGCAUUCUCUUGCUUUGGAAUCAACUUCAGCUCCGGGUGGUAAAGUUCAAUUGGACCUCAGCAAUCUCACUCAAGUUCAACUUGAUGAAGUGAAAAAAUCACCUCUUACGAUCAAAGAAGGCGUUGAAUAUAACGUAGCAAUCUCUUUCACUGUCGGACAAGAAGUUUUAUCCGGCCUAAAGUACAUUCAUGUCGUUAAACGGGCAGGCGUUACAGUCGAUAAGCUUGAACAAAUGAUUGGCUCUUAUGGUCCUCGUGAAGAACCUUAUGUCAAACGCUUCGCUACAGAAGAAGCUCCUUCUGGCAUGCUUGCAAGAAGUGGUAACAAUACCGUUCGUUCGAGGGUGAUCGAUGACGACAAUAACGUCUAUGCCGAUUUCACUUGGGUUUUCAAAAUUGCCAAAGAAUGGUAA